GAGCAGUUUCAUGUAGGAACUAUUUUCUUUCUACCAAAUUACACCUGCCAACCGAAUCACUGUGCAGAGGGAAGCAUGCAUCUACUGCUAACUCACCUAGCACCAAUGAGCUAGCUAACAUUGCAGCUUGUGAGGACGCCAUACUGCUCACAAGGUCUGUGGAUUAUCUCGGCUAACCGCUUUGAAAGACGGCAGACAUCUCUACAGCCAAUAUCUCCAACACACGGCAACUCACACCAAAAUAAUACAGGCUGUUAAAUAGCACUACAGGUACGAGAAAAAAUGUGUACAUUUGAUUUUGGGGUGAACUGUCCCUUUAACUACAGCCUCUAGGCUGACUUGGUUUGCAGUGAUGUUUGUGGUCUAUAUUGUUUUUUGAAAUGUAUAUCAGCAAUGGUAACUUUACAAAUACUUUGACAUGUUUUCUCUGCACCAUCACCCGUUUUUGUGUUUGUUGGGCUUUUUUAUUUUUUAUUUUUUGUAAAACUGUUAGACAAUAUAGUGAUCUGUCCUGCCAUUGCUGAAUUGUAAAUUAUUUUCUACUGAGCAGCACUGUGUCACGCUGAAAUACGAUGUUGUUUGUGUAUAUGAGCAGAUUUUAUUGCGCAACAAAUGAUACUGGCCUUUUGUAACCUCUAUGGGAAACAGAGUGUUUUGGUUGUACAGCGCUCAUCCUCUCUUAAGAUAUGGCCUGCAAGCUCAUUACAUAGUUUUUUGUUUUGCACCAUUUUUAAAGAUACCUAGGGCUUUGCUUUAGUUUGUUACACAGAGGGAGCGCAUAAAGAUGAAUUACACCUAAUUUCACCGACCUUUAUGAGAUGCCUGACAUUUGGUUUCUUUUAAACAAAUGUCAAUGCGACUUUCAGCCUUUAUUAAGAUCAGACUUACGGUACAGAAGCCUAAAAACACAAGUUAUUUGAGAUUCAUAUUUCAGAUCUCAAGCAACAAGUUGUCUUAAGUUGCUGAAAUAGAAAAAGUUAUUAAACUUUGUCUGUAUUCACUCUGUGUGACGCUGGCUGGCAAUACAUUUUGGAUGAACAUUACGAUAAAUACCACUGAUGCUCUGUUUGAUUUUAGUGAGAAGCUGAACGUUUCAUCCUGCCUCCCACUUCAUUCACACACACAGCAAGUUAAUACACAAACACUCUGAGAAACACAAAAUGUAACAGCCAAGAAACAAUCAAUGAUUAGUUAUCUAAGUUCUUACAUUCAAUUCAGGCGAGUUCACUGUGAUGUGUGUUUCAUACUGCAACUUUUAAACAUAUAAAAUGAUUGUCAGCGUGCAGGCAUUUCCUUUGACAACACUCUGGCACCACAUAUUUAACAAACAGGCAAUGUUUCCUGUUACAUGGAACAUGACAUCAGACUGAGGCUGUUAGGUCAUUUGUCUGCUCUUGUGUAUUUAUCUGGUAUUUAAUCUGAUACGUAACAUUGUAGCAAAAGUUUGCACUUCCCCUCCACAUCCCACAACAUAUCUCUGUCACCACAUCCUGUUCACAUCAGCCUGAUGGGACCAGUUAGUGUGUGUCUAGUUGUCUUUCAUACAGUUUGUUGGUACUUCAGUUUCCACUGAAAAUAUAAAGGCACCUUCAUCACAACUGUCUGUAUUAAUGUCCCUAUUAGCCGACACAGUACCAGUAAAACUCCAACAACUGUGCAGAAUGUGUUACUGGCACUGGUUUCCUGUUUACUUAUACAGCAAGAUUUUUAUUAUUCUAGUAUUUGGUAUCAUUUGUUAUGGAGUGAAUCUUGGGUAAUGCUCUUAUGUAAGUUUGGUCAUUGGUAUGUAGCAUCUCUGCUGUCAGUCAUCAGUAUUCUAAAUGAUGAGUGUGUCUAUCUGCAGCACCAUGGAGCCGUCUUAUCAAUAUCUCAGUCCAGAUGUGACCUACCUCCUCACACAACUACCAGCACAGGUCCUUCUUCCGUCGCGUCAGUUCGAACAUGGCGGCGCCCCAUGCCGUGGUCGGUGUGAAGAGAGACAGCAGCAGCGAAACAGGACUGCCUGUGUCAGACUCAGCCACCGGAGACGUGAAGAGACCUCAGUUCGGGACACGUUUCCUCACUGACCCGCGGCAGGUCUUCCAGCACAACGCCUGGGACAAUGUGGAGUGGACUGAGGAACAAGAAGCAUCUGCAAGGAAGAAGGUCUUAGAGAACAAUCAGCCACUUCCUCCAGAGAAACAAGAUGAGUACGACAGCCGGGCAAAUGAGUUCUGGAAUGACUUUUACACAAUCCACGAGAACCGUUUCUUCAAAGACCGCCACUGGCUCUUCACAGAGUUCCCAGAGUUGGCCCCACAGUGUAACCAUGAGUCCUGCCUCGAGGUCUCUGGCACAGAUGAGAGUCAGCAGGAUAGUCUGGAUCAAGAACAGAGAAGGGAAGCUGCAGCUUUGUCUCACAGUGACGGUGACAUCCCCGGCUCCUCGGCCACAUAUCGCAUUCUGGAGGUUGGCUGCGGUGUAGGCAAUACAGUUUUCCCAAUACUGAAGACCAACAAUGACCCGGGACUCUUUGUUUACUGCUGUGAUUUCUCCAGCACCGCUGUGGAGCUAGUCAAGACUAAUCCAGAGUACGACCCUGGGCGCUGCUUCGCCUUUGUUCAUGACUUGAGUGAUGUGGAAGCCAAUUACCCCAUCCCCGAUGGAACCCUUGAUGUUAUAGUGCUAAUCUUCGUGUUAUCAGCAUUGCAUCCCAACAAAAUGCAGGCAUCCAUCAGUAGAUUAGCACGGCUGCUGAAGCCUGGGGGAGUGAUGCUGCUCAGGGACUAUGGACGCUACGAUAUGGCACAGCUUCGCUUUAAGAAAGGAAGGUGUCUGUCAGAAAACUUUUACGUCCGAGGGGAUGGAACAAGAGUGUAUUUCUUUACUCAAGAUGAGCUCCAUGAGAUGUUCACUGAAGCAGGGCUCGAGAAAGUGCAGAACCUUGUGGACAGACGGCUGCAGGUGAAUAGAGGCAAACAGCUCACCAUGUACAGGGUGUGGAUCCAGUGCAAGUACCGCAAGGCUGCAGCUCUGCCGCUUGAGACGCAGGGCUGAGACAGAGGGGGACAACAUGUCUGGCUUGGCCGUCACUUCAGCUGAACCACAACUGAAGCUAGGAGAUCAAAUCAAGGUGGUGCCGGGCCCUUUCUCCAAGGAUAUGUGGCAUUGAGACGCUCCAUUAUGAUUGUGAUUAAGGGGGAUACACCUGGAUAGUUAAAUGCUGUAAAAGCCUUAGACUAAUCCAGCUGUGGUGAUGCUGAUGGACUUGUUUUAUGGCUGAAGUUCCUGAUGGUGCUACAAUUCUGCCUAUGAGAGUGAAGAUUUUCUCAUUUGAUGCUGAUGAGUUCAGUAAUCUAAGAGAGGGCUGGUUACCCCAGUUUCAGUGUUUCUACUCUGACAGAUGCUGUUUUAAUGAGCUGAUGUUUUGGAAUAAAAUGCAUGAUUUUUAAGAUAACUUUAUUACCUUUUUGUACAUGCAAAAUCAAUAAAAAUCUAAACUGUUAA